AAGAUUUGAUCUGGACCGUCUAUCACAAGAAAGAAUGAUAAAAGGAUUUUGUUUUUGGCUUUGGACAGAUGGGAGAAAAAGAAAGUGUCCCACAAAUGUCCCCAAGAAGAUGGGACACACUUUUGCCUCAAAGUUGCUGUUACUGCUACCGACAAGCUUAGCUUUUUUUCUUUGUCCUUAAUUCAAAAAACAGUUUAUUCUCUAUCAAUCUAUCUUUAUUCUCUCCUUUAACUUCUAUAAAACACUCAGCUUCCACGAAGCCUCUCAUCUUCAUCUUCAUCAUCAUCAGCUUCUCUAUUUCUCUCAUCUCUUCCAAGGAUAAUAAACAAAAGCUUUUUCUUUUUUUUUUUUCUCCCGCAAUUCUUGAAGAAAUGGAUGAGUUUGUUAACCUCAAGGAAACGGAGCUGAGGCUGGGAUUACCAGGAACAGACAAUGUUUGUGAAGAAAAAGAGAGCAUUAUUUCUUGCUGUAAUAACAACAAUAAGAGAGCAUUAUCAAGUGAUAAUGAGAAGGAGAAUGAAUCAUCAUCAAGGAAAACUGAAACAUCCCCUCCUAGAAAGGCUCAGAUUGUUGGAUGGCCACCAGUUAGAUCUUACAGGAAGAAUAACAUUCAGACAAAGAAGAAUGAAUCAGAGCAUGAGGGUCAAGGAAUCUAUGUGAAAGUAAGUAUGGAUGGUGCACCAUACUUGAGGAAAAUAGAUCUGAGUUGUUACAAAGGAUACUCAGAGUUGCUUAAAGCUUUAGAAGUGAUGUUCAAAUUCUCUGUGGGAGAGUACUUUGAGAGAGAUGGAUAUAAAGGUUCAGACUUUGUGCCUACUUAUGAAGACAAAGAUGGUGAUUGGAUGCUCAUUGGAGAUGUUCCAUGGGAGAUGUUUAUAUGUACUUGCAAGAGACUAAGGAUCAUGAAAGGAUCAGAAGCCAAAUGUUUAAGCUGUGGUGUAUGAGAUAUAGCUUCAAGAAACCUAACAGAGACACAAAAGAACCUGAAGAAAAACAGAGUUUCUUUUGGUUCAGAGAAAAUCUGUCUGUACUCGGGUUGUCGGGUAUUCGGGCGAGAUCUAUGUUCGUGGGAUUAAAUCCAAUUUAUAGCCUUUGUUUACCUCAUCGGUAAAAUGUAGACAUGCUUAAUGGUCUUAAGCAUAUGAAACUGGAACCUAAUUACAUUUUGUUUCAGAAACAGGACAAAAGGUUGUCCUCAAUCUUUGGUUGUGUAUUACAUUAAAAGUGUUAUGAAGAUUGAAGAGUUGUUUUUAUAUUUGUAGCAAUUCCUGUUUUGCGUUCUCAUUGAUCAAAGAGAUUUUCAAGCAA